GUGUUUGGCUCACUAGCAACCUUGAAGGCGAUUGCAGAUGAGUUUAAUUACGCUUCAGUAAAAAAAAAAAAAAAAAAAAAAAAAAAAAAAAAAAAAAAAAAAAAAAUCAAGGCCUUGAAAAUUUUCUUUUUGCAUGCUGCAAAAGGGCAUUUCAAGUUGUGGAGAGAGGAGCUCCUCGAAAUCAGUUCGCUCUUUGAUGACAGAAUGGAGUUUCUCCCUCGAUGUAUCCAAUUCUUUUGGAACAUGCGGGUA